AUGGCUUCAAGACAAUUUCCAGUUCCCAACUCGACAGCCUCCUUCUGGAGGACUGAUCUUCAAGAAUUCGACAAGCACCGGAGCACCCCCGAACUUCCUGCGGAGACCGAUGUGGUCAUCAUCGGCGCCGGCUUCUCUGGUGCAGCGCUCGCCUAUUACAUUUACCAAGACAACCCAACGCCCCCUUCGGUAUUGAUUUUGGAAGCUCGAGAGGCAUGCUCCGGAGCGACGGCACGCAAUGGAGGUCAUCUCAAACCAGAUGUGUACUUCGGUAUUCCAAAGCACAUCAAAAAGCACGGCGCCAAGGCUGCGGUGGAAUUCGCAAACUUUGGAGCAUCCCAAGUAUAUGCCGUAAAGGAGCUGGUCGAGAAGGAAAAGAUCGACUGCGACUUUACCUUGACGAGGGCCUGCGAUGCUACCCUGGAUGAGGGUUUGGCACGGGAGACGGAAGAGGCGUUCAAGCAACUGUCUGCAUCCGGGGUGGCUAGCCUCAAGGAUAUCCACUACACUGGCCGCAAGGACGCUGAACGGGUUUCGGGCGUUAAAGGAGCACUGGGUGCCUUUACGUUUACGGCCGCGCACGUUUGGCCAUACAAGCUGGUCAUGCAUCUGCUCAAGAUCUCGCUCGGAAAGGGUGCGAACCUCCAAACCUACACCCCGGUCACUUGCAUUUCGGAGAACCCGCUGCCCGACGGCCGCUGGCUGGUAACGACCGAGCGCGGCGUCGUCAGGGCCAAAAAGGUGAUUCUGGCGACCAAUGGUUACACGGCAAACCUGGCCCCUCAAUUCAGAGACCAUAUUGUUCCGGUUCGGGGCAUCUGCAGUCGCAUCGUUGUUCCCAAGGGCAGCGCUGCCCCGUUUCUGCCGCAGACGUACAGUAUCCGCCACGGCCCCGGCGUGUAUGAUUAUCUGAUCCCGCGAAACGAUGGCAGCAUCAUUGUGGGCGGUGCCAAGUCUGAGUUCUGGGAUGAUCUCUCGCAGUGGUAUAAUGUGGCCGAUGAUAGCAAGCUCAUUGAGCCGGCCAAACACUACUUUGACAACUUGAUGCAAAGGACCUUUAUGGGAUGGGAGAAUUCGGGUGCCCAUGUGGAUAAGAUCUGGACAGGCAUCAUGGGCUACAGUUCCGACUGGAUGCCGCAUGUGGGUGAUGUGCCUGGUAAGCCGGGCCAAAUGAUCAUGGCAGGAUUUUCGGGGUUCGGCAUGCCUCUGAUUCUGUUGACUGCCAAGGGAAUAGUGCAAAUGUUACGGGAGAGGAAGAAAUUCGAACAGACAGGUGUGCCCACAUUGUUCAAGGCUACGCAAGAGCGAUUGGAUAGCACAUGGAGUGAUAUUCUGGGUCGUGAGAUAGAAGCCAGACCGAAACUAUGA